UUGACUCCUGUCCCACCACAAAAAAAAAUCCAGUUUUUUCUGGCUUUGCUGUUGCCAUUUUGCGGGAGGAGAAGAGAACACAGAACGCUAGAGAAAACAAGCUAAUUGUAUGAUAGCUCCUACGCACACCAACUCAUCAUCUUGAAAGGCAAUGGCAUCGUGGAACAUGGGUCUCACUUCAUGCCAGAAGACGAUUUCAUUUGAGGUUUCGUGCAGUAGGAAGAGGGACAGAGACAGAGAACGAGGUAGCAUCCAUCCCUACAAAGUGGUAGAGAUAACUCCUCCACCCAAGUGUCUCGGUGUUCGUUGCUUGCCCCCCAACCUGCAGUGUGGGGAGAGUGUAACAAUUGAAGGACAAGCCUAUACUAUUUCAGCUGUAACACAUCGCUAUCAGCUUCGGAAGGGAAAAUACGAACCCAGUGAGAAGAGACUUGAUGUUUUGUCCACAGGAAGAUACUUAGUAAAUUUAUAUUUGGAAAAUUUAUUAGAACAAUCUUGAUUAGUACAUCUAUCUUGUAAGGUUCUAUUUUGAUUUCAAUGUGUAAUGUCUUAGUUAUAUGUUUCUUUAACUUAUUUUAUUUUAUUUUUAUAAUCAGUGGCAAAUUAUAAGAGCUUCCUUUAUUAUAA